CUACAAAUGUUUUCAAACCACCACUGUGUGCACCCACAUGCAAGGAAGAAAGUGGCUCCGCUUUGUUUACUUAAAAAAUGGAGGCUACAUUACAUAUAUUUCCAGAAAUCUCGUUUGGGUUUCUUGUUUGAAAUUUGCGCCUAUCAUGUGAGACAGCAACCCUAAGCAUGGAGGAAUCGUGGGAUUUUGAAUUCGUGGCUCGUGUUGUUGACAGUAUGGUGUCCUUUCUAUCCGAGUUUGUGGAUGACUGGCUGGCCAACGACAUGAGAGUCGCAGUGUUUAAAAUACUGUUCAGCUGGCUCGUCCUCAGUCUCAUCGCGAUUCACUUCGCCUGGAAAGUGUACGGGAAUACUGUCAACGAUAUGUACUACAGACAGGGAACUGGAGGACAGAAUGGAGGUACCCCUGACACAGCAACCCAUCGGAGUGGAUGGUAG